GUUCUGAGGGACACAUGGACAAACAUCUCACUGGCCAUCACUGACGAGGAUGUUUUACUGUCAGAACCAGAACCAGAACCAAAGACCAGAGCUGAGUUCUUAAAAUAUUCACGAGAAAUCACUCUGGAUCCAAACACAGCAAACCAAUAUCUGUUCUUAUCAGAGGGAAACACAAAGGUAACAUUAAUGAAACAACGUCAGUCUUAUCCUGAUCAUCCAGACAGAUUCAUUACACGUUUUCAGGUUCUGAGUAAAGAGAGUCUGACUGGACGUUGUUACUGGGAGGUGAAGUGGAAUGGAAGAGGAGGAGGAGUUGAUGUAGCAGUCGCGUACAAGAAUAUCAGCAGAGUAGGGCAUUCAAAUGAAUGUGGAUUUGGAUUCAAUGACAAAUCUCAGGCUGUACGUUGUAACGUAGACAAACAUGCAUUUUUUAACAACACUCAAACUUCCGUCUCAGUUCGUCGGACCACCACAGUAGGAGUCUACCUGGACCACAGAGCAGGUGUUCUGUCUUUCUACUACGUCUCUAAAACCAUGACUCUCCUCCACAGAGUCCAGACCACGUUCACUCAGCCGCUACAUGCAGGAUUUUGUCUUUGGAAUAUUGACGACACUGCUGAGUUCAUUAAACUCAAUCAGAGUAGUUGCAGUGUGUGA